AUGGCAGAGGGUAUAGACUGGUUUAAGUGGUAUACUAGCCAGGGGAAGUCUUUCAAAGUAGCAAGUGGCAAUAACACAGAAUACAGCAGGGGGAGGAGUCUGAUACAUCCAGUGGGAAUACAGCAGGGGAGGAGUCCGAUACAUCCAGUGGGAGUACAGCAGGGGAGGUGUCUGAUAAAUCCAGAAGGAAUACAGCAGGGGAGGUGUCUGAUACAUCAAGUGGGAGUACAGCAGGGAGAGGAGUCUGAUACAUCCAGUAGGAAUACAGCAGGGGAGGAGUCUGAUACAUCCAGUAGGAAUACAGCAGGGGAGGUGUCUGAUACAUCCAGUGGGAAUACAGCAGGGGAGGUGUCUGAUACAUCCAGUGGGAAUACAGCAGGGGAGGUGUCUGAUACAUCCAGUGGGAAUACAGCAGGGGAGGUGUCUGAUACAUCCAGUGGGAAUACAGCAGGAGAGGAGUCUGAUACAUCCAGUGGGAAUACAGCAGGGGAGGUGUCUGAUACAUCCAGUGGGAAUACAGCAGGGGAGGUGUCUGAUACAUCCAGUGGGAAUACAGCAGGGGAGGAGUCUGAUACAUCCAGUGGGAAUACAGCAGGGGAGGUGUCUGAUACAUCCAGUGGGAAUACAGCAGGGGAGGAGUCUGAUACAUCCAGUGGGAAUACAGCAGGGGAGGAGUCUGAUACAUCCAGUGGGAAUACAGCAGGGGAGGUGUCUGAUACAUCCAGUGGGAAUACAGCAGGGGAGGUGUCUGAUACAUCCAGUGGGAAUACAGCAGGGGAGGUGUCUGAUACAUCCAGUGGGAAUACAGCAGGGGAGGAGUCUGAUACAUCCAGUGGGAAUACAGCAGGGGAGGAGUCUGAUACAUCCAGUGGGAAUACAGCAGGGGAGGUGUCUGAUACAUACAGUGGGAAUACAGCAGGGGAGGUGUCUGAUACAUCCAGUGGGAAUACAGCAGGGGAGGUGUCUGAUACAUCCAGUGGGAAUACAGCAGGGGAGGUGUCUGAUACAUCCAGUGGUAUACAGCAGGGGAGGUGUCUGAUACAUCCAGUGGGAAUACAGCAGGGGAGGUGUCUGAUACAUCCAGUGGGAAUACAGCAGGGGAGGAGUCUGAUACAUCCAGUGGGAAUACAGCAGGGGAGGUGUCUGAUACAUCCAGUGGGAAUACAGCAGGGGAGGAGUCUGAUACAUCAAGUGGGAAUACAGCAGGGGAGGUGUCUGAUACAUCCAGUGGGAAUACAGCAGGGGAGGUGUCUGAUACAUCCAGUAGGAAUACAGCAGGGGAGGAGUCUGAUACAUCCAGUGGGAAUAUAGCAGGGGAGGUGUCUGAUACAUCCAGUGGGAAUACAGCAGGGGAGGUGUCUGAUACAUCAAGUGGGAGUACAGCAGGGAGAGGAGUCUGAUACAUCAAGUGGGAGUACAGCAGGGAGAGGAGUCUGAUACAUCCAGUGGGAAUACAGCAGGGGAGGUGUCUGAUACAUAAAGUGGGAGUACAGCAGGGAGAGGAGUCUGAUACAUCCAGUAGGAAUACAGCAGGGAGAGGAGUCUGAUACAUCAAGUGGGAGUACAGCAGGGGAGGUGUCUGACACAUCCAGUGGGAAUACAGCAGGGGAGGUGUCUGAUACAUCCAGUAGGAAUACAGCAGGGAGAGGAGUCUGAUACAUCCAGUGGGAAUACAGCAGGGGAGGUGUCUGAUACAUCAAGUAGGAGUACAGCAGGGGGAGGAGUCUGAUACAUCAAGUGGGAGUACAGCAGGGGAGGUGUCUGAUACAUCAAGUGGGAGUACAGCAGGGGAGGUGUCUGAUACAUCCAGUGGGAAUACAGCAGGGGAGGUGUCUGAUACAUCAAGUGGGAGUACAGCAGGGGAGGUGUCUGAUACAUCCAGUGGGAAUACAGCAGGGGAGGUGUCUGAUACAUCAAGUAGGAGUACAGCAGGGGGAGGAGUCUGAUACAUCAAGUGGGAAUACAGCAGGGGAGGUGUCUGAUACAUCAAGUGGGAAUACAGCAGGGGAGGUGUCUGAUACAUCCAGUGGGAAUACAGCAGGGGAGGUGUCUGAUACAUCCAGUGGGAAUACAGCAGGGGAGGUGUCUGAUACAUCCAGUGGGAAUACAGCAGGGGAGGUGUCUGAUACAUCCAGUGGGAAUACAGCAGGGGAGGUGUCUGAUACAUCAAGUGGGAGUACAGCAGGGGAGGUGUCUGAUACAUCCAGUGGGAAUACAGCAGGGGAGGUGUCUGAUACAUCCAGUGGGAAUACAGCAGGGGAGGUGUCUGAUACAUCCAGUGGGAAUACAGCAGGGGAGGUGUCUGAUACAUGAAGUGGGAGUACAGCAGGGGAGGUGUCUGAUACAUCCAGUGGGAAUACAGCAGGGGAGGUGUCUGAUACAUCAAGUGGGAAUACAGCAGGGGGAGGAGUCUGAUACAUCAAGUGGGAAUACAGCAGGGGAGGUGUCUGAUACAUCCAGUGGGAAUACAGCAGGGGAGGUGUCUGAUACAUCCAGUGGGAAUACAGCAGGGGAGGUGUCUGAUACAUCCAGUGGGAAUACAGCAGGGGAGGUGUCUGAUACAUCCAGUGGGAAUACAGCAGGGGAGGUGUCUGAUACAUCCAGUGGGAAUACAGCAGGGGAGGAGUCUGAUACAUCCAGUGGGAAUACAGCAGGGGAGGUGUCUGAUACAUCCAGUGGGAAUACAGCAGGGGAGGUGUCUGAUACAUCAAGUGGGAGUACAGCAGGGGAGGUGUCUGAUACAUCCAGUGGGAAUACAGCAGGGGAGGUGUCUGAUACAUCCAGUGGGAAUACAGCAGGGGAGGUGUCUGAUACAUCAAGUGGGAAUACAGCAGGGGAGGUGUCUGAUACAUCCAGUGGGAAUACAGCAGGGGAGGUGUCUGAUACAUCAAGUGGGAGUACAGCAGGGAGAGGAGUCUGAUACAUCCAGUAGGAAUACAGCAGGGAGAGGAGUCUGAUACAUCCAGUAGGAAUACAGCAGGGAGAGGAGUCUGAUACAUCCAGUAGGAAUACAGCAGGGAGAGGAGUCUGAUACAUCCAGUAGGAGUACAGCAGGGAGAGGAGUCUGAUACAUCCAGUAGGAAUACAGCAGGGGGAUAUUUGUAACAUUACCAGUUUGCACUGAAUGUUAAUUUAUUAAUAUGUAUCAGGCACUCUAAAUUAAUGAAUAAGGAUUGAUAUAGUAUAAUCUGUAUCUUGUUUUUCUUUUUACAGAUAUUUUGCAGCAAUAUGUGUAUGUAGUGUGCAUGUUGUGAGACAUUUAAAUUUGGAACCGACUAGAUGUUAUGUUUUAAUCAUGUCACAGCAAAGUCUUCAUUUUGUGUCUUGUCAGGCAAUAUUAGUUGUAGUAGGAUCAUGAGGGGUACAUCGUGUUUCAUGCAUCUCGUAUAGGUUCUAGGAACCUAACACGGUACCUGAGCUAUUGAGCUGAGGUUAACUAGUGCUAUGUCACAUGACAUUCCUUGAUUCAGAAAAAGUGUGGAGCUUUUUGCUUGUAAGCGGGGUGUAAGGGAUUUGCAGCCUGUCUUGCUCCUGACGUCAUAUUAAUGAUUCAUUCUCCCGCUAAGAAAUUUAUUUCCCUCCAAGGCAGGUCACACAGUAUUUUAUCAAGAUCAUGUGGAUCAAUUUGAUCUCAUCAUUCUGACAUGGAGGUAUGAUAAUGUUUCAUAUUAAUUAUGAAAUACGUAAAUGAAUAAAUUAACAUGACAACAAUUCAGUCGCCAUUUAAAAACAGUGAUAGCCAAAUUAUUUUUACAAUAUUUAAGUAUAAACAUUGAUAAUUCAUGUAAACUGCUGUGUUAUUAAAUGUUUUUAUAAAUGGGUACCAUAUUGAAAUGUUGUAAACAUCUUGUAUAUAUAACCUGCUUAUGGUUCAUAUAUUGUGUACAUAAUGUCACUCCUCCCUAGAAAUGUGAUCUUAGCAGUGUUGUAUAUAUAGACAUUAAGGGCUUUGGGGGUCCUGGCAACAGGACUUUACUGUUGAGAACAUGGAUGUCCAAGGACCCCUUGACUUUCAUCCUUAAUUUCAACCACUGCUAAGGCUGUGUGUAUAUUAGAUUACUAAAUAUCUGUGAUAAACAUUGGGUAUUUAUUUCCACUAGUCUCUCCUUAGGCACAUAUAGAGCUCUAUUUCUUUGUCUUUCCACAUGUGUAUGUAUGCUUGUAUGAAUUUAUGUUGUUGAAAUGAAAUCAUGAAAAAAUACUCUACUCAUUAACAUUAAUGGAUUCUUUUGGUGCAGAUUUGGUGCAGAUUAAGUUUGUUGAUACCAUUUCUUCAUCAUGGAAUAUUAUUAUGUGAAUGCAAUUAAUGUAACCUUUGAGAGACAGCAGAAUCUGACUUCAUGAAACAGUACCUUGUGAUUCGUACGUCCAAACUGGGUAAAUGUCAGUGUUAAUUGAAAAUUAUGUAUUUUGUGAUUGGAAUAGCAAUGAAAUCCUUUCAUGAAAUACCAUUAUAUGUAACUUCACAAUGAACUAUGUUUUGGAUUUAGUGUUAAAUUAAUAAAACCAUUUGUUUUCUUGUGGUUGGGGUAAUAAUUUUAACAUUUCUGCAAGAUGUAAAAUAGCCCCUGAGAAAACUUUGAAAACCAAACUAAUGGGUUGGUGACAGAUAAAUAAUAAACAUUGUGUUUAACAACGAAAUGACUGUCUGAGAUACAAGCAUUAAAUAUGUAUUAGGGUAGGAACCCAAUAUUUCUUAUGGCAUUAAUGUGAAUAUUAAAUUGAUGUAUUUAUGAAUGGUAAUGCCUCACAAGGGGUAAUUGAAUGCUGACUCUGUAAGGGAGGUGGUAGUCACAAUGACCAGCCACACACGUUUACACCAGGAAAUCACAGUUCUAGGAUUAAUAAGACAUCAUGCUGAUUAGGAAAUGUCAUAAUUUUAGUAUGACAUAAGGAUGUUUCCCCACAAGCUACAGCUGUUUUACUAGUCAUGGUAGUGUCUUUCAGCCACCUGAAAUAGUAAGCAUCAUAGUAACCAAGUUCUCUGAGGUCCAGCAUCCCAGUCCCUCAUGCUUGACAUGAACCAACUGGGGAUUGGCUGAUCAUGAUGGCUUUUGAGUAGGAAUACUCCAUGCAGGUAAGACAGGCUAUUAGUUGAUUGUGUGUCGUCAUACUAACAGUGGAUUGGUGCUCACAUUAUUGACCAUUGGUUUGUCUGGUUGAUUUGAUUACUUAGAAAUCACCAUAGAGUGGCUGCAAUAUUGCUGACUCAGGUAUAAAACCGAAUUUAGUGUCUCCAACUGUGACCAGCCAGAUGACAAGACGCAGAUGACAUAUAUGGCUGCUUUUACUUGACUUUUAUCAAUCUGAUUUAAGAGUAUUACAUGAUAUGUCUGUAAUGCAUGAUUGAAAUAUUUAUAGACAGAUUUUACGAGCUCACUUUGCCUGUUAGGAUGAGAAAAUGUUUAUGGAACAAACAAUACUGUUUAAAAACAGUACAGGAAUUGUGUUAGAUGACCAAGGUUUGCUUGUGAAAUCUGUUCAACUCAUGGAAUGUUGGUGUUGCUGAACGGUUCAUUGUCCUCACUUUACACUUCUGAGUACCUGGCGCACAGACUAAAUACAGUAAUGUACCUGGCUGGGCAAAUCAUCUGCUUUUCACGUGACAACUGUGAAGGCUAAUGUGUAUUUAAGAAGAGAAUGUGGUGUCAGAAAGCCAACAGGAAUGGCAACACUGCUGAAUCAAAGACACAUGUUUCUUUUGAUGAUUUUUCAUAAAAAUAUGACUCUGUUCUGGUGAGAGUUGCAACACUGGUUGUAGUUCUAGUUGCAGAUGCUGGUAAGUGCGGGUACACAGCAGUGUGUUUGCUUUACGCCAGGUACUGAAAGGUUGUUGACAAUGCUCCUGUCAGCACUGUGUUCCAUCUAUAUAUGUGGCCCUGCAUCAUCACACUGUUUGAAUGUUAGAUCUAAGAGGAGCGAAUGUUGACUCAACUUCAUUUGUGCUAUUAAAAUAUUAUAAAUACA